CAGGUUAUCGCUAGUUUACCAAUACAGGAGAUUCUAUUAACACCGUCUUACGGUCUUCCGUCCCAGUACACCAGACCUGGCCUAAAACCCUCUCUUUCUUUAGGUUCUGUUUGGUCUAUUUCCAAUACACCCACUCUCUCACCCAGAUUCAAACUUUUAGGGUUUUGCUUGCCGUUGCAAUCUCUUCUCUGUAUCUAAUGGCCGCUAAUAACAAGCAAUCUGCCAUACAAAAAGAACAGAUAAUAGGAAUGGCAGAGAAAGAGAUGGAGUAUAGGGUGGAAUUGUUUAACAAGCUUACACAGACAUGUUUUACAAAAUGCAUCGAGAACAGGCACAAGGAAUCUGAGUUAAAUAUGGGUGAAAACAGUUGCAUUGACCGCUGUGUUUCAAAAUAUUGGCAGGUGACUAAUCUAGUUGGGCAGAUGCUUGGAACCAGUCAACCUCCAAUGUGAAGGAAUUCCUUGCUUGCAUCGUUGUUAUAGUGGAUAUGAAUGUCACUUGGUUUCGAUACAAUGAGCAAAUAACCUGCCCCCACAUUUCGUGCUCAAAUGAUUGGUGGUGGAAGAAAAACAAUAAGAAACUCGUGAUAAUACCCUUUACUGGUUCCUACCAUAUUGAUUUGUUAUGAUUAUGGUGUAAGAUGAAAUUCACCCUGAAAUUCUCUGCCAUGUUUAUGAAGCAUUCUCAUUUCCAAUCAACAUUGCAAUGGCUUUGUUCAUUGACAUCCGUUUUUUCUGGUUUUUUUUGGUAUGUUGCCAUCUUGGUUGAAGCAAGGAUUGAGAAACAUCUGCAUAUGCUUAUAACAAAAUUUGAUGGUUGAGGACAUGAAGCCUGUGACUUUAUUUAUUGGAGGGAAGCUGUUUGAUUUGUUUGCUGAG